AGCAAAGUGACGAGGCAGCCGGAGCCUUGAGACCAUGGACGGCACCAUGGGGCUGCGGGCGCUACUGUGCGUGUACCUGGCCUCCCUCCUCGUCCUGCAGGCCAUGCCCACUCAGGGUUCACCCACAGGCAGGCCCAAAGUCAGCAAGAAGCGACAGACUGUGGACACAGCCGUCGACGGUGUGACCAUCCGGAGUUUGAAAGUCAACUGCAAAGUCACCUCUCGCUUUGCCCACUAUGUCAUCACCAGCCAAGUGGUCAACAGUGCCAAUGAAGCCAAGGAAGUGGCCUUCGAUGUGGAAAUCCCCAAGACGGCCUUCAUCAGUGACUUUGCCAUCACAGCAGAUGGAAACGCAUUCAUCGGGGACAUAAAGGACAAAGUGUCCGCGUGGAAGCAGUACCGGAAAGCUGCCAUCUCUGGAGAGAAUGCCGGCCUUGUCAGGGCCUCGGGGAGAACAAUGGAGCAAUUCACCAUCCACCUCACCAUCGGGCCCCGGAGCAAGGCCACGUUCCGACUGACCUACGAGGAGGUGCUGAAGCGAAAACUCAAGCAGUACGACAUUGUCAUCAAAGUUAAGCCCAAGCAGCUGGUGCAUCAUUUCGAGGUAGAUUGCAGCCUGGGGGCUUCAAUGAUGCAGAUCGACGUGGACAUCUUUGAGCCUCAGGGGAUCAGCAAGCUGGAUGCCCAGGCCUCCUUCCUCCCCAAGGAACUGGAAAGCCAACUCAUCAAGAAGUCCUUCUCAGGGAAACAGGGUCGCGUGCUCUUCCGCCCUACUGUGGGUCAGCAGCAAUCCUGCCCCACGUGCUCCACCUCCUUGCUGAAUGGGGACUUCAAGGUGACCUAUGAUGUCAAUCGAGACCAACUCUGUGAACUCCUGGUUGCCAAUAACCACUUUGCCCACUUCUUUGCUCCCCAAAACCUGACGAACCUGAAUAAGAACGUGGUGUUUGUGAUUGACAUUAGCACCUCCAUGGAAGGCCAGAAAGUGAAACAGACUAAGGAGGCGCUCCUUAAAAUCCUGGGGGACAUGCGGCCAGGGGACUAUUUUGACCUGGUCCUCUUUGGGUCUGAAGUGCAAUCAUGGAGGGACUCGCUGGUGAAGGCAACCCCCGCCAAUCUUCGAGCAGCUCAAGACUUCGUGCGGCGUUUCUUCCUGGCUGGGGCCACAAACCUGAAUGGAGGUUUGCUCCGGGGAAUCGAGAUCUUGAACCAAGCUCACGGGAGCCUCCCCGAACUCAGCAACCAUGCCUCCGUUCUCAUCAUGCUGACAGACGGCGAGCCCACAGAAGGGGUGACAGACCGUGCCCAAAUCCUCAAGAACGUCCACAACGCCAUCCGGGGCAGGUUCCCGCUCUACAACUUGGGCUUUGGCCACAACGUGGACUUGAACUUCCUGGAGAUCAUGUCCAUGGAGAACAACGGACGGGCCCAGAGAAUUUAUGAGGACCAUGACGCCACCCAGCAGCUGCAGGGUUUCUAUGACCAGGUAGCCAGCCCCCUCCUGGUGGACGUGGAGCUGCUCUACCCCCAGGACACCGUCUCAGCCCUGACCCAGCACCGCCAUAAACAGUACUACGAAGGCUCGGAGAUCAUGGUGGCGGGGCGCAUCGCGGACCACAAACUGGGCAGUUUCAAGGCUGAUGUGUUGGCCCGUGGGGAGGGCCAAGAAUUCAAGGCGACCUGCCUGGUGGAUGAGGAGGAGAUGAAGAAACUGCUCCAGGAGCGGGGCCACAUGCUGGAGAACCACGUGGAACGCCUCUGGGCCUACCUCACCAUCCAGGAGCUGCUGGCCAAGCGGAUGAAGUUACAGGGGAAGGAGAAGGCCGAGGUGACGGCCAAGGCCCUGCAGAUGUCGCUGGCCUACCAGUUCGUGACCCCGCUGACCUCCAUGACCAUCAGGGGCAUGGCAGAUGAGGACGGCUUGGAGCCCGUCAUCGACAAGCCCCCUGAGGAUUCUCUGCCCUUGGAGAUGCUGGGAAACAGAAAGAUGUUCAUGCUGUCGACUUUGCAGCCUUCCCCGACUCGAUCCAGUUCCAACAUCCAGCAGUUGCCAAACCAAGUGACUGGAGUGGACACUGAUCCCCACUUCCUCAUCCACGUGCCCCAGAAGGAGGAUACUCUGUGCUUCAAUAUCAAUGAGGAGCCCGGCGUGGUCCUCAGCCUGGUGCAGGACCCGGACACAGGCUUCUCAGUGAAUGGGCAGCUCAUUGGCAACAAGGCCAGCAGCCCUGGGCAGCAAGAGGGCACGUACUUCGGCCGGCUGGGGAUCGUGAACCCUGCAACGGGCUUUCAGCUGGAAGUGACUCCUCAGAACAUUACGCUGAACCCUGGCUCGGGUGGACCUGUGUUCUCCUGGAGGGACCAGGCUUCACUCCGGCAGCACAAGGUGGUAGUGACCAUCAACAGGAGGAGGAACCUGGUGGUGUCUGUGGAGGAUGGGGGCACUUUUGAGGUCGUCCUGCACCGGGUGUGGAAGGGGAGUUCCGUCCACCAGGACUUCCUGGGCUUCUAUGUGCUGGAUAGUCACCGGAUGUCGGCACGGACACACGGGCUGCUGGGACAAUUCUUCCACCCCUUUGAUUAUAAAGUGUCUGACCCCCACCCAGGCUCUGACCCCACAAAGACAGAUGCCACAAUGGUCGUGAAGAGCCACCAGCUGACAGUCACCAGGGGCUUGCAAAAAGACUACAGCAAGGACCCCCGGCACGGGGCUGAGGUGACAUGUUGGUUCGUCCACAACAAUGGGGCAGGGCUGAUCGAUGGUGUUUACACUGACUAUAUCGUCCCUGACAUCUUCUGAGCCCCCAGCCAGCACACCUGUCCUUUCUUGGGACCAUGGCAACGGAGGACAGCAUCUGACCUGCUUCCCGUGUCACACUUCCCUGGUCAAGCUGAUCCACUGUGUCAAAGUCCCCAUGACUUUCAUUAAAGAGAGGCUAUAUCCAA